UGGUGGAUAGAAGCGACAAUCCAGCCACCAAGACAUUUGAGGGGCCAGUAAUAAUGUUCAUAAUGAAAUGAAACAGACAGUGAUGUGAAACCCACUUUAAGCUCUAGUGAAUUCAUUGUUUUAAGUGACCACAACUUCUUCACGUCUCUUUAUUGAUUAUUUCACUUAGACGUUUUCUACUCUCAAAAGGUUAAUGGAAAUAGCACAAAGAUUCGUGCAACAACUGCUUUUCAAUGUGGAUUUUUUAGAAACCUUUGAUUUCAGCUGCAAGAAGUUGUGGUCAAGGGUAAACGGUUAGAUAAUUAUGUUUCCAUGACGCAUUCUCCACAUUCUCUUUUCAUGUGACUACUUUAAAUAUCACAUUCCAGUUCCAAGAAAUCUGUCUCGCUGCAUUCCUUUUCUGCGUCCCUGUGAAAAUGGCUGCAAUCGAAUCGCUCGAAGACAUCAUAGACACCUUGGAAGAACAACUGACCUGCUCCCUUUGUCAUGAUGUACUCACUCAGCCCAAAACUCUCUCCUGUCUUCACAGUUAUUGUGCAAGAUGYAUCGCCCCUGACUUAUAUCAGAGCGGGAAUCGAAUGGACUGUCCAUUUUGCAACACGACGGUAGUUGUGCCAGAUGGUGACCCUUCGAAGCUACCUUCGUCGUUCUACUUGGAUUCUCUUCUGGACUUGCUUCAUGCGAUGAAAAGCAUAGCUAAUGAACCAGUUUUGCCCCAUUGUGUGAGCUGUGAACAACCGCGAGUCUUGGUGGCGUUUUGUCAGCAGUGUAAUGGCUUGAUAUGUGAGGCUUGCUGCAACGCCCAUCGGUUAUUCAGAGAAAUACGAGAUGAACACCAACCAAUAAUGCUCGAUCCAUUUAGGGAGGGAGACGUAAACAGUUUCAUCAAAACCCAGAUGCUGUGCAAGUGCCACGAGAGAAAGAAGCUUGAAUACUAUUGUCAAGAGGAAACAUGUAGACUCAGCGUUUGCCAAAAAUGCGCUACUUUGAAUCAUCUAAACCACCAACUGAAGAGCUUAGAAGACGCUGGACAGGACUCAAGGAACUUGAUCGAAGGAGCGGUGAAUCGAGUAGAGCAACGAAAACAAAACGAUGGACAAGAAUUAAAACAAUCUAAAGAAAACAUAGAGAGAAUUCAAAGAGAGAUAGACGUGGCAAAGAAGGACGUUCAAAAUGUAGUUAAAAUGAUUUGCAAGAUGGCCAAAGAACACGGAAUAGCGAAGGAGGAGGAACUCAACCAGACGCUCCAGGAACUAACRACAGCAAAUCAUGAAGAACAAAAGGCUAUUCAAACAAGACUAAAAGAUUCAGAUGAAUUUGUGCAACACUGCCGAGCACUGUUGAAGAGAGAUGUAGCAUAUGAGGAAAUAGAAAGUAAGCAAAUGAUUCUAGAAAGAAGUCAAAUGUUAUCAGAAGCUCCUUCGAUCUUGAGCCRUCAGCCAAUCCAGCGUGACAUGACAAUACAUUACUCCGUGACAGAGCAAGUCAUGCAAUCACUGCUAGACAUCGGCAGGAUUGUGAAGAAUGUGACGGACCCUGCUCGAUCCACAAUUGAAUCAGUCAAGAAAGGUCCUCAUGGUUUUAUAAACGAGUGCAAGAUAAUCACCAGGAAUACAGAAGGAGAAGUGUGUCCCACGAGAAUCGAGUCUAUUGAUGUUAGAAUCAAAGAUGUGGAGGGCAACGAGGUGGAAAACAAAGUGUUUGAAGAGCAAACUGGAAAAUACCGUGUGAGUUUUAAGCCACAAAAAAAUGGACGGCACGAAAUUCAGGUGAAUAUUGGAGGAGAAAGGAUCAAGAACUCGCCUCAGAAUAUAGAGAUACUCGAUUUGAAGGAGUUGUUAAAACCUGUGAAAACCUUUGGAGAAAAGGGAAGUGGCAGAGGACAGUUUAAUGUUCCAUGGUCGAUAGCAGUCAGUGAUAAUGGAGAGAUAGCCAUUGCUGAUUGUGAUAAUCACCGUAUUCAAAUAUUCAGCCUUGAUGGAAACUAUUUAAGAGAGUUUGGCAGCCAAGGAACAGGAGAAGGUCAACUGUUGUAUCCAUGUGGAGUGGUGUUUAUUGAGGACAGAAUAAUUGUCAGUGAUGGUCCAGAUGAUAAAGACAGGAUACAAGAGUUUGACUUGAACGGUACUUAUGUAAGAACCAUCUACAGAAAUGACCAAUGGUUUGACCCGCAUGGAAUGUGUGUUAACGAUGAUAAAAACAUCGCAGUGUGCUGUUGGGGAAAACAAGAACUGGGUAUCAAACCAAGUAUCAAGGUGUUCAGUAAACAAGGAGAUUUAGUUCAUGAGUUUGAUAUGCCUGAAAAUGAUGAACCGCAGCCUCGGUACAUCACCUAUGGUAACGGGAAAUACUUUGUAUCUUAUUUAGACAGAAACUAUGUUCGUGUUUUUGAUGUGAAUGGAGUUUUCUUGUACAAGUUUGGAGGAGACGAAGAAAGUAGUGAUAGUGUAUAUGGACUGGCUGUUUAUGGUCCAGACAUGAUUCUUGUCUGUGAUCGUUAUAAUAACCGUGUUCAACUUUUCACACAAGAAGGUCAGUUUAUAAGGUCAUUUGGUAGCCGUGAUCCAGGUGUUGGUCAGAUGGAUGGUCCUGUUAAUGUAGUAGUUACAGAUGAUGGACGAGUGUUUGUGCUGGAAUUGAGGGGUGAAAGAGUUUCUGUUUGGUGUUAAUAGAUAUUAACCUUUCAACACUUUUACGAUAUUAAAUCCUUUCAUACAGUGGAAUUUAAAUCACACUAUUAUUUUUUUCAUAAUUUUUUCAUAAUUUUUUUAGAAAAACAUUGAAUUUAUUGAUCUAUAUUGUAAUUAUCAUGAGUAAACUCAAAUUAAGUAUUUCUUYUUUUUGAAAUCCUUUGAUUUUUUCAAUAAGUCUUAAGAACAUUAGUUUUGAUAAUCAUUUUCAUGAGUAGAAAUGUUUUAAACAUUAAUUUUAAGGUACUAGCCUUAGCUAUAGCUUUUCAACUUUGUCUGUCACCGGCACUUUUAAAGUGCUGCUAUGCAGGCUACGCUUUGUAUUGAUAUUAAAUAUUGUAGACUUGAUGAAGUAAUGCCAAUGUUGUUGUAAAUAUUUAUUAGCAAAGGGAAAAGUAAUUGGUUUGUAAAUAACCCAUAUUUAGUUUAAUGAUUAAAAAUAUUAUCAGUUGA